UGGAAAUUCGAGACCAUCAAUCAACGACCGGGCCGCUUUAUGAUAAGGGGGAUAUAAUGUAUAAAUUAUUUUAAAUUUGGCGCUAAUUAGUGACGUAAAAGAAGUGAUAAGUCCAAUGUUAUCCUAAGAAACAUUUAGACUACAUGCUUUGAAUGAAAGUUCAGUUUAUAACUAAUACUAACCAAAAUGGAUUAUUGUGGCGUGAAAUAUGUGAUUCUCUUGUGUACAGUUACUGUUAUUUCCUCCUACCCAUCGAAACAGGAAACAACGCCACCAAAUCCGCCGCCCUUACACAUAACGGACAUGGGCAGUGGCCUGGACACCAUACCCGAAGGCCACCCCCAAACAAAAUCCGUGAACUUCGCCUACAACCACCUGACCACCCUUAACGACACCAUCUUCACCGAUAAGUCGUACAAGGCGUUGCACAAGAUCGAACUGUUCGAGAACAAGAUCAGCGACAUCAGCGUCACCGCCUUCCUAGGGUUGAAGCACUUAAAAAUCGUCGAUUUGUCCGAGAACAACAUCACGGCAAUCAACGCGUACACGUUCGAGUUCAAUACGAGGUUGGAGAAGCUGGAUUUGGGGGGCAAUCAAAUCAGCUUCAAACGAGAAUCUCACUUCCUCGUCUCCUACAGUCUGGCAACUUUAAUCCUGAGGAACAACAGGAUCGAAAAUAUAUUCGCCUACAACUUCGUCGGCGUGCCCAAGCUCAAAAACCUCUUCCUCGACUACAACAUCAUCAACUACAUCGAACCGAACAGCUUCAAGCCGAUGAACGACCUGCAGUACCUGUCGUUGGCCCACACGGGCGUCCACAAGCUGAGUCUGAGCAUGUUCCACGACUCGCCGCCCAGGAUCAUUGAUCUGACGGACACGAUAUUGGCGGACAAGUUCGAGCCGCCGCUCAGGAAGGUCAGGAACGAAGCUGUAGGCAAGCUGCUGACCAUCGACCUGUAUGCGUGAGGAUAGAUGGGGAAAUCUUCGUGGUGAAGCCAACGCAAAAGUAUUAUGACGUUCUAUUUAUUCACUGGUUUUGGUGACGUGAAGAUUUUUGGGGCGCCAAGCUGGAAAGUUCAGCAGAGAGGACGUUUUCGUAUUUCGUCAAUAUUUGACAUAUUUAUGUUGUCUGAUUAUUUUAUAGUUGUGCCGUUUAUAUAUACAGGGCGUACGGAUAUCGGUGCAUUACAAGGGAAACAUUUCUGAUGCAAAGUGGUAAUAAAAAAGUGUAGUUUAUAAUAGCAGAAGAGACAGAGGUCGGUAAAAUUAAACAAUAGGAAUGGAAUUAGAAAAUGUCCAAUGAACAAGUUCUUAGUAGUGAAGUGUCAACAU